AUGAGCAGUGAAACGUUAAUGGAGAAACCAACCAGUGGGAAAUGUCGAUGCAGAACCCAAUCCUGGUACACUGUUUUCAUCUCUUUCCUUUUAUGGUUCACGCUCUACGUGAUUUAUUUGUAUUCUUCGUCUGUGACGUUUAGCAAGAGGGAAUAUAGUUUAACUGUCAACAAUGAUACGGCUAUUUUAGAUUCAUCCGAGUCUUUUCGCGGUGCUCUUAGAGAUCACGAAACUGAGGAUUUUUCUCGUGUUGGUGGUAUUAAUCUCGAAGAUAUUGUUGAUGAUGAGGAUGAAACAGAUUCUGAAACAGAGGAAAAACCUGUCGAGGAGUUGUCUGAGGAUGAUGAAGUUUAUCAGGCGAUUCAGUCGUUGUUGACUGAAGAACAAAAUGAAACUGAACCCGUUGAGACCGAGACGAAUUCCGGUAAUGAAAACGAGGAUGUGGCUGGUAGUAAAGGGGUUAAAAACAUGGAUGAAGAUGAUAGAACGGCGAAGGACAAAAGAAAGGAAAAUCAUGCGACCGAACAGAAGAAAGGGACAGCAAAUGUUGCGAAACGAAAAAGGGAAGACAAUGCCGAGGAUCGGGAGAAAGGGAAGGAAGAUCGUGUGGCAAAACGGGAAGGGGCUGCAAAUCAUUUAGAAAGACAUAUGGGAGAGAAUGUUGAAGAUCGAGCAGCUAAAGGAAAAGCGGCUGCAAAUGUUUUGGAACAGCACAUGGAAGACAAUGCUGAGGAUCGAGAGAAGAGGAAUGAGGCAAGAUUAAAAGAGACUGCAAAUGUUUCAGAACGGCAGAAGGGAGAGAAUGUCGAACAUCGAGCGGCUAAAGGGAAAGGGACUGCAAAUGUUUUGGAACAGCACAUGGAAGACAAUGCUGAAGAUCGAGAGAAAAGGAAUGGGGCAGGACGAAAAGAGACUGCAAAUGAUUCGGAACAGCAGAAGGGGGAGAAUGUCGAACAUCGAGUGGCUAAAGGAAACGGGACUGCAAAUGUUCUGAAACUGCACAUGGAAGACAAUGCUGAGGGUCAAGAGAAAAGGAACGAGGCAAAACGAAAAGAGGCUGCAAAUGUUGAAACACUACCGGUUAUUAAGAAUCGAAACGAGAGGACAGGGCACCCGAGGAGAGAAACCAGGAAUAAACCUGGGGAUUCAUCUGAUCAUGUCAUGGAGAAAAGGAACGAGAAAGCUGUUGUGUUGCUGAGAAGACCACGAGCUCGGUCGGAUCCAUGUUCAGGACGGUAUAUCUACAUUCAUAACCUUCCCAGGAAAUUUAACCAAGAUUUACUUGAAACUUGCCGGUCGCUUAGUUUCUGGACAGAUAUGUGCGAAUGUGCAUCAAAUCUUGGUCUAGGUGCCCCUCUUCCUAGGGAUGACAAACUUUAUUCAGGAACAGGCUGGUUUAAUACAAACCAGUUUUUGUUGGAAGUCAUUUUCCAUAACAAGAUGAAGCAGUACAGGUGCUUAACUAAAGAUCCAUCGGUUGCUUCAGCGAUCUAUGUUCCGUAUUAUGCUGGCCUCGAUGUUGGUCGUUACCUUUGGGAUCCUGAUGGGUUUAUGAGAGACUAUGAUGCAGUUAAUCUUGUCAAGUGGCUUGCAUCUAGACCUGAAUGGAAAAGAAUGUGGGGUAGAGAUCAUUUCCUGGUUGCAGGAAGGAUUAAUUGGGAUUUCAGGAGAGACCCCAGAAACGAAUCUGAUUGGGGCAAUGAGCUUCUGAAUUUUGAUGAAUCGAGGAACAUGACAUCGUUGGUACUCGAGUCAUGUCCAUGGAACUACAACGACUUUGCUAUUCCUUAUCCGACGUAUUUCCAUCCUUCAAGAGACAGUGAAGUGUUUCAAUGGCAGGACAGGAUGAGAAGACUGAAAAGACGAUUCUUGUUCUCUUUUGCGGGUGCACGGAGACCUGGUCGCCAUGAAUCUAUCCGCAACGAACUCAUCGAUCAAUGUCUCGCUACUAGAAAGAGAUGCAGGUUCCUAGAAUGUGAUAAAACACAGAAGUGCCACAAACCAGCAUACUUGUUGAAAUUAUUUCAAAGUUCCAUCUUCUGUUUACAACCUUCAGGGGAUUCCUACACCAGGAGAUCGAUAUUCGAUUCAAUUGUAGCUGGUUGUAUCCCAGUUUUCUUCCAUCCAGGUUCUGCUUACGUUCAGUAUAUAUGGCAUUUCCCCAAGGAUUACAGGAAAUACUCGGUGUUUAUACCGGAAAGAGAUGUUAAGUCCGGGAAAGCCAACAUCGAAAGAAUAUUGCAAAGAGUUUCUAGAGAAAAAAGAGCAGCAAUGAGGGAUGAAGUCAUAAACAUGAUUCCAUCGGUGAUAUAUGCAAACCCAUCAUCAAGAUUGAGGAAAACUGAAGAUGCAUUUGAUCUAACAGUUAAGGGUGUUCUUGACAGAAUUGAGACAGUGAGGAAUCAAAUGAACGAGGGGAAAAUAGUGAAUUAUGAAUUUGAUGAAGAGGAGUCUUGGAAGUAUUUUGCAUUUGGGAAACUUGGGCCCCAUGAAUGGGAUAUUUACUUCUCCAGAAAAAGUGGACAACAUGGACCAUAA